GCAACAAUGAUGGGGACAUAGUCAGCGCUUGCACGUUGCAACCUUAUUGAUAUUAUUCCAUUGUUUCUUCGUUGCUGUGUUUUCCACUCUGAAGCUUUUCUCUACCCAAAAAUGGCGUUGAUCUUGAACCGAGUAAAACCAAGAAAAAAUGCCAACUUUUUAUCCAUUCUCUGUUCAAAUCAAUAGUGUAUUUGCAUUUUUAGGCUCUACAGGCAAAUGGGUCUUUCUCCUUGAUCUUGGUAAUGAACAAUUUGAUAACAUAGUGGUUUCCUUCAACAGUGUAUCUGCAUAGUUGACUUCAGUUUUGAACUGGGAGGAGUGGGGAAAAGGGUGCAUAUAACAUUGUCUGUUUUUUCCCCAAAGGGUUUGGUUAGUGAUGGUUUCAGGGAAUAACCCAGUGGACUCUUUCUUCAAUCCAAUCAGUGAAGUACUUUUGCCACUAGAAGUGGGGAUUAGAAAGGCAGCAAAGGAUCUUCAACAUUGCUGGGAUGGGACUAUGAACAAGGGGAAAAGGGCUCAGUUGGUUGCAUUUGCACAUGAGAAUGAAGGAGGCAAGUUUGAGAUCUGUGGUGUGAAGAAGGGUGAUGAAGAGAGGAAGAAAAGGUUGCCAUUGCCAACAAAGGUAUAUUUGAAGGCUUUCUUGGGUAUGUUUUCACAGCAUUCAGGAAAUUUGAGUGGGGGUGAAGUGUUGGGUAGAAGAUUGAAGGAGAAGGAGGUCACAGCUAAGGAAGAUGGUUCUUGUGAAAAUUGCUUGCAGUUUGCUAUUGAUUGGUCUUUGCUGGCUAAUGGGUUUCUUCAGGCUUUGCCAGCUACCUUGAAAUCUGGGGGAAGUAGAUUUAAGAAAAUGGGUGAUGAAGAUAAAUUGGGUUCUUUCAUGAAAUACACUGCAUCUUGUGAAGUGAAGCUAAAUGGAUCAAAGGGUCAGAUUGUUGGAACUAUUGGAGAAAAGGGUGCAAGGGAGGAGGGAAAGCAAGUUUCCCCUGAACGCGUGAUAGGUUUUAUCUUUGAUCAGCUUUCUCAGACUUUUCAGGGUCUUCAUCAGGGAGUUCAAGUUAAUAUAUUGCAAGGUCACAAAGUAGAUUUGAAUGGAAUCUUGCUGAAUUUGAGAUUUGCCAAGGUUGGUGGUGUACCAUCAAAUGUACUUGGACUAAAUCCUUCAACAAAAGAAGAGGGAGAUGGCAGUGUGACUAUUGAAAGCUGGGAAGACACUUGGGGAAGUUCACCUCAGAAGCUUCUAGCGCAGAUAGGGCAAGCAGAGAAGGGGCAUCCUGACAAGCAAAACCUUUUCUCAGUACAAGAUUUCUUCACAUACACAGAAGCUGAAGGGAGGAGGUUCUUUGAGGAGCUAGAUAGAGAUGGUGAUGGCCAAGUAACUUUGGAAGAUCUAAAAAUUGCAAUGAGAAAGAGAAAACUGCCACAAAAAUAUGCUCAUGAAUUUAUGAAAUGUACUAGAAAUGACUUGUUUUCAAAAUCUUUCAGUUGGAAACGAUUCUUUACAUUAAUGGAACAGAAGGAGCCAGCAAUUCUUCGUGCAUAUACAUCUCUAUGUCUUAGCAAGUCUGGGACAUUGACCAAGAGUGAAAUAAUGGAAUCAUUAACGAAUGCUAGACUUCCAGCAAAUGAAGACAAUGCAGUGGCUAUGAUGCAAUUUCUGAAUGCAGACAUUGAAGGAUCUGUUUCUUACGGACAUUUUCGCAAUUUCAUGAUUCUGCUUCCCUCUGAUCGUCUUCAAGAGGACCCAAGGAGUGUUUGGUUUGAAGCUGCUACUGUGGGUGCCAUUCCACCAACUGUUAAAGCUCCUGCUGGCAGUGUUCUAAGAUCUGCAUUGGCAGGUGGCCUUUCUUGUUCCUUUUCUUGUGCUGUAAUGCAUCCACUUGAUACAAUCAAGACCCAAGUACAAGCAUCAACUCUGUCCCUUCCUGAAAUUAUUUCCAAGAUUCCACAGAUAGGGGCACGGGGUUUAUACAAGGGGUCAAUCCCUGCAAUUCUUGGACAAUUUUCAAGCCAUGCCUUACGAACUGGGAUAUUUGAAGCUAGUAAAUUGGUGUUGAUAAAUGUUGCUCCUACACUACCAGCAAUCCAGGUGCAACCUAUGCUAUCAUUCUAUAGUACAAUUUUGGGAACCGUAAUGCGGAUCCCCUGUGAGGUGCUAAAGCAGCGGUUGCAGGCAGGUCUCUAUGAUAAUGUGGCUGAGGCUUUAGUUGGGACCUGGCGUAAGGAUGGACUUGGGGGUUUCUUUCGAGGAACUGGGACUACCCUUUGUCGUGAGGUUCCAUUUUAUGUUGCUGGUAUGGGUCUAUAUGACGAAUCUAAAAAGGUUGUCCAACGACUACUCCGGCGGGAACUGGAGCCCUGGGAGAUAGUUGUUGUGGGAGCAAUAUCCGGUGGCUUGGCUUCUGUCACCACAACGCCUUUUGAUGUCAUCAAAACCAGAAUGAUGACUACACAAGGCCAGUCUGUGUCAAUGACCAUAGUAGCCUUAUCUAUACUCCAUCACGAGGGACCGCUCGGCUUGUUUAAAGGUGCAGUUCCCAGGUUCUUUUCAAUUGCUCCUCUAGGUGCCAUGAACUUUGCAGGUUAUGAGCUAGUAAGGAAGGCCCUGAAUAAAAAUGAGGAGUAAUUAUGCAAUCAAAAUUCAAGCUGCAACCUUUGGAAUCAUGUAAUCCAAGAAACCAAAUGCCAAUUGAAGUUUCAACCCCCCUUUUGAGUUCAAUUGCUACUCCUCUCUGGAUUCUUAAUCUGCCGAAAUCUCUCUGAAAUGCACAUUUGUUUCCUUGUCCAUUAUGUACCUUUUGAGUUGCCAAAUGUAAUGUAGCACUGUAACUCAAAUUAGAGAUUUUGAUUUUAUUCCUUUCAUCUCUGUCAUUUUUUUAAUCUUUGAAGGAAUAAUUUGUUAUCUAAAACUUUUGGAGGAUUAAUAUGAUGAUAUAUGUACUUUGAAGAAUCAUCUCAAGAGUUUACACAUACUUUUAUGGGUAAAAUUUGUAAUGUGUGGUUUCCCUUUUAGUCCUUUUAUAAAUUCACAUGCUUCUAAUGCAUGCUAUAAGCCUAUAA